CAGUGCCCACCAUCCCACCUUGAUGGUGCCCACCACCCUGUUAGGAGGGUGACCACCCUCUCACUGGACUGUGCCCAUGAGCCAUUGUGACAAUUCCCGCAACCCUACUGGGACGGUGCCCAUGACCUGCCAGGAUUGCGCCCACCACCCCAAAGGGACAGUGCCCAUGACCCACAGGGAUGGUGCCCACCAUCCUGCCAGGACAUUGUUCAUGCCCUGCUGGGAUAGUGCCCGCAACCCUGUUAUGAUGGUGCAUGUCACCCUGCCAGGAUGGUGCCCACUAACCCACCGUGAUGGCCCCCAGCCUGCCCAUGACCUGCUGGGAUGGUACCCACAGUCUGCUGGGAUGAUGCCUGUCAACCCUGGGGUGAUGCGCACAAGCCCAGUGGGACGGUGCCCAUGAUCCCACUGGGAUGGUGCCCACCUUGACACAGGGUGCUGCGGGCACCUGUUUCUCAAGUCCCCUUGGCCAGAGGGGUGGGGGGUGGGGGGCCUGUGGCAGGUCCCCAUGUCCCUGUGCUAACGCCAUGCCCUCUGUCCCCGCAGAAGUGCUGCUCAAGGUGCAGGUGUACGAGAGUGGCACCCUGGCCCCCCUGGCCCAAGCCAUCCUUGAGGUUUUCGGCAACCGCAGCUCACUGGCCACCGGCACCACUGACCAUGAGGGCACGGGUGUCCUGCCCGUUGCCUACCGCCUGGGCACCUGGGUCCUUGUCACUGCUGCCCGCCACGGCUACAUCACUGCCUCCGUGCCCUGGCGCGUCAACAAGCUGCCUCGAGCCCGGAGUCAGCCGUGGGUGCAGUUCCAGCGCAAGGCGGCCCGCCUGCCCCGCAGCUCCACGUACAGCCAGCUCUCUGCCUCGCUGACAGCUGCCACGGCCGAGCACAACAUGCGUGGCUUCCCCUCCUUCAUCGGAGCUGAGCACAACAGCAGCGCCAACACCACCUGGCUGGAGCUGGUGCCUGUUGCGGCCAUCAGCGUGCACCUCUUCACGGGCAAUGGCACCGAAGUGCAGCUCUCGGGCCCUGUCCACCUGUCCAUCCCGCUGCCCCCUGACACCAGCCCCAUGGUGGCCACCAGCGUGCCAGCUUGGCGAUUCGACAGCAAGAGUGGUGAGCAGAAGGAGGGGACCCUAGUGGGGAGGAGGUGUCUGAAGCCACGACAGCAGCACCGCAAGCUGCAGGUCUCGGGCACCCUCGACGCCUCCAAGAAGGACCAGGCCACCUCCAUGUCGCAGAUCAACCUCAUCUGCACAAGCCACCUGGAGACAGCGUCGUCUGGUGGUGACACGGACGUGCACACCCCCAUCCUCAAGUCGGCCUUCUCGGCCUCCCGUGAGUUCGAGAGCUCCCGUGAGGAGUUCUUCAAGCAGGUCUCAGCCCCAAAGCUGCGGAGCGUCCCCAAGACACCCACGGACACCUUGAGCCACCGUGGCACAACCAAGGAGGACUAUGGACACCCAGGUGAGGCCUUCGGGCUCAAGGCCGCCCGCUCCAUGGACGGGCCGGGGCCGGGUGAGCCGGCUUUGCUGGACGAGUACAAGCGGAGCUACUCGCACCAGCGUGUGGAAGACCGGGGUGCCCCAGCCCCCCGCAAGCACCUCCGGCCCGAGGGCGCCUACCCGCAAGAGCCGCCCCCCCUGCAAGAGCCGCCCUCGCCGCCACCGCUGCCACCACCCUUUGAGCACUACAGCGCGCACAAAGGGGAGCCCAAAGCACCUGAAUUCCUGCUCUCGCAGUCAGUGGACCACUUGGCGCGUCCCACCUCACUCACCCAGCCUGGUCAGCUCAUCUUCUGCGGCUCCAUCGACCACGUCAAGGAGGAUGUCUACAGGAAUGUCAUGCCCACCCUGGUCAUCCCUGCACACUACAUGCGCCUGGCGCCCGACUACCCCUCUGGCGAGCAGCCGGGCCCCGGGCCACCUGAGGGGCCAGUGGAGAUGGAAGGGCCACCCAGCCAAACUGGGCUGGCCUUGCCCCACCAAUUUGGGCCAGCAGAGCAGCAGCGCCCACUUGCCUUGCUGCCCCUUGCUGGCAUGGUCCCGGGGUACCAGGAGGGGUGCCAUGCCCAGGGCUGA